AUGCCUUCUGCAACGCAACGCACACCCGACCCCUCCUCCCAAGCGGGCCCCUCCUCGCCGCGCAAGCGCCCUCCACCACCCGACACGUCCGCCUUCACCUACAAUCCGCGCCAGGAUGCAGACGACCGUCGUCGCGUCCGGUCCGACUACCGGGCGCUCAUCGCGCGCGCCGAAGAGUCCAAGCGCGACUCGUCCCUCAAACCGGCGGACCUCGUCGAUCUCAUCUCCCAAGUGGACGAGUUGCACGAACGCGUGGUGGCGCCCAGCGAAAGUGUGCUCGACACCAAGACCUUGACGAGUAUGUCCGAGAUGGGGGCGCGCAUGGCCAAGAAGAUGAAGCUCAACGCGGAUGCGUUUGACACGCACGAGUUUGUUUCGCGCAUCGCGCGGUAUGUGGGGGGUGAAGCGGCGGCGCAGCGUCGCACCGCGCGAGGCGAUAGCGAUGACGAGGACGACGAAGCGGAGGGCAAUGUCAACGAGUGGGAUUGGGCAAAAUUGGGGAGAUUAGCAGCAAGCGUAUCGAGACGGGCGGUGACAAUGGAUUUCCUCCUCGGCCCCCUCGACACCGUCCCAAAGACACGCAAGUCCUUAGGACCGAGACGGGUGGAAGACGCACCGGCGGAAAGACAGGCUCCGCGCGCACUCGGUCAGCAGGAUCUCCAGCAAAGCGCCGGCAGAGAAAGCACCAGCGCCAUCAUCAAAGUGUCUCAACUGCUCAAACAGCAGGGUCCCCAGGGCGUGUGUUUGUUCAGGUUCGCAGUCGACCCGCACAGCUUCGUCAACACCAUCGAGAACUUCUUCCACGUCAGCUUUCUGAUCAAGGAGAACAAGGCGAGCCUCACCACGGAUCGCGAGGGCAAUGCUAUACUGGCAACGGCACAACCCCCUUCCGAGGACGACGAAUCGCAAGCCGACUCGACCACGCGCAGCAAGCAGUUCAUCAUGGAGAUCGACUAUCCGACGUACCUCGAGUCGAUCCAGCUGUACGAUCUUCGGGAGAGCGUGAUUCCGACGCGCCCCAACCGGGUGGACCCCUUGAGUGGGUUGGAGGCGCUUGCCCGGGGCAGCGCGAGUCAGGAGAUUGAUGCUAGCGGGAGCAGCAGCAGCGCUGCGCAGAGGUGA